AUGAGAAUGCCCCAGACGGUUCCAACAGUAGGCUUCAAUACACUAGACCCGGGAGACAGUUCGACGACAUCAUACAGUAUGGCCGAUCUAGAUCUGAGCAUCUUGGCAGAAUCCAGCUACAGUUUUCAAGUUCCCAGCCCCUCGCAUUCUUUUCCGGAUUCAGCGGGUUCCCCUCCGACAUUAUAUCACAGUCCGUCUCCUGAAGCCGGGAAGGGCUUCCCAACACAAUACCCUCCAUCCCCAGAAGCCAUGGAUGACCUGGAUCAGUUCGUCAAGUAUUCUUCUCAAAUGCUUCUCUCGGAUCAGCCCAUCUGCGACACCUAUCAGCGAAAACCAUCUAGUCCUCCUUCUCAACCCCAAUCCCCUCUACAAGAUCAACAAGCAGAUCAUCAGCUCCUCCGACAGUUCCUUAAUGACAAGUCCUACCUGCAGAACGUGAAGGCGGAGCCAUAUUAUGACAGCUUGUCUGAGAUGCUGACCACAAAUAUUAAGCAAGAAAAUGGCAGCGCCCCGACCUGCUGCGGGGGAAAUAAUCACAAUAACAGUAAUGGAGGAGAACCAGACGUUUGUGGGGACGUCAAGAUCGAGCCAUUCCUUGCUCUGGCCCUGGAUCAAAUCAGUCAGGAGAUUGAACUUGCUUGCAAGACUCUGGACAUCUCACCAGGCGAGAAGGGAAAAACCAGAGAAGUGAAAGGAAAGUCUGCUAUGAUGGCUGAUCAUGCUUCUUCAUCCUCGGUAAACAGCCCUUCCAAGAAGAGCCAGGUUGUAUGGAGUGAAAGUACCAGGCGUGUUCGAGAUGGGCCAAAAAAUGCCCCGGAGGCCUUUCCCUUCCCUCGUGAAAGGACAAGGGAGGGGAAAACCCAGCCUAGGGAUUCCUGGAACAGCCCUUUCCCAAAUCCCAAGGAAUGGUUGGUUGGAGAUGUGAAGAAAUGGGUGAUGUGGACUGUGGGCCAGUACUCCUUGCCGUAUGUGAAUGUGGACAACUUCCAAUUGGACGGACUGGCCCUGCUCAAUCUCACGGAGGAAGCUUUCAUGCGUCUUGCCCCACAGUGUGGCGAUGCCUUGAUGGCAACGCUGGAUCUGUGGAGCACGGCUGAGAUCCGGAUGAGGCGAAGUGCUCGGGGGAUGUCUGGUCAAGGUCAGGGCCAGGAUGGAUCGACGCCGUUCGACCUGGCUUCCUUGGCCUCUUGGAGUAGUGCAGAGGGAUCCUCAUCUCUUUCUCCGAGAUCACUUCAUGAUCGUGAUGACUCCGAUGGUAAGAUUGCAUUCCAAUCUUCCUGGGAUCAAAGGGCUUCCUUUACUUCACGUCACGCCAACUUCCAUCUCGUGUAA